AUGCACGAGCUUGUUCACCCUGCCCUCACGCCCAGCCUCGGGAAGGGGCAUGUGCAGGAUGAUGGCUUUAAAUUUAACGUGGUUUGUAAGGCACAGCUGCCUGGCAGUUUCGCAGGCUCCCAAAGCGACGGGACCGCUGCACGAGCGGCGGCACCACACGCCGCGAGGGGAAACCAAGCGGCCGAGUUUCCCCGAGGAGGGCGAACAGCCCGCGCAGCGCCGUCCCUGCAAGCCCGAGCUGCCACCCCUCGCAGACGUCACCAAACCAACCGAAAAGUUACUUUCUUUCCCCCCUCUUUACGCUCCCGUCGCGGCAACACGCGUGACCUCACGCCGCGGAUCACGACACGAAACCUCACCGCGCCGUCAGCGACGCAAACGUCCCUCUGCCCGGACCCCGCUGGCGGCGACACGCUCCCGUCGCCCGAGGAGAGCCUCGAUGGGCUGGAGCAAUUAAACUUACGGAGCGGGAGGAGGCGUUGUAUGUUGGCUUGUAGUCUUGGAAACCGAAGCCGAGGAGUAUUGAAUGGAAACCCAAACACGAAGCUGCCCGUGAACUCCAGGCCUGAUGCGGAGCCGGGCUCUGCAGAAACGACUCGCGCCGGCUGCGGCUGCUCCGGAGGCAGCCGAGCGACACGAGGCUGCGGCGCAGAGACUGCGAGACCCGGCGCAGCUCCCGAUGGGUUUGCGGCUAAAGGUCUUGGAGAUGAAAAUCAGGAGCCCGUUCCAGGAACACCAGAGCCCCGUGUUUGGAAAGCACCGUGGCUCAAUGCAUUCCACAUGGACACGGUAAUGCUCCGGCCGUGCCUCAUGCGUCGCGGCAUGGGGGGAGUUAGCUCUUGUUCGAGCCCUUGCAGAGCAAAGUGAUAUACCAAAGGGCAUAUUGGAACAAAGGUAUGGUUGCAAUUAGGAUCAGAGCAGUUAAAUCUGACAUUCAGGUGUUUUAUGCCAGCUGUGCCUUUAGAAGGAAGAGUAUUUAGGCAUUGGGUUUCAUGUCUUUUUAUUGUUUAUUUAGCAUGAAUUUAAUCCAUAUACUUUUUUUUUUUUUCAACUUUCUCCGCAUGUUUCUAUGCAAUUGCAUAAGACAUGAAGAGCUUGUAAGUGCUCUUACAGCUGUGCAAGUUUUAUAUUAAUGGAGCCCUUACAUAAUUUUGACAGAGAUAUAUUAUGUACACGUCUGCAGUUCCUGAGCACGGCUCAGAAAAGACAUCCCCCCCCAAAAAAAGAAAGAAAUAAAGGAAGAAAAGCCCGUUUUGUUCCUGGGGAAAAGUGAAAAAUGGAGAGCAAAGAUCUGUAUUUACUGAGGGAUGUCUGCACUGCUUGCCCAGCUAUAAAACUGCAGAAAGCCAAUGCCUGUUAGCGCAACUGGAAUUAUCAGUGUUCAAGAAGAGUUUGGGCCGUGUCUGUGCGGUGCAGGGCUGUGCAGAUGGGGACCCCUCGUGCCACUGGCCCCCGCUGUGCCCAGGGCACGGCCCCCGGGGUGGCUCUGGUAGCCCCUCGCUUACCUUGGGGGAUUUUCCUCCCCCUUUCCUCUAGCAGAGUGUUCCCAACCCGCACCCCAGCCCAUAGUGCAGGAACAACAGGCUCCAACUCUUUGUUUUGGCUCUUGAGGAGCCAAGGUGAGCCCUGGUGCCAGUCCUGCUCAUCCAGCCCACGAUGCUCCUUCACGGGCUCCGUCCUGUGGCUUGAGCCUGUGGCUCCAGGGUACCCCGCUGCGUUUCGGGCCAUCGUUUACACGGAGCCCACCGUAAACGAGCCACUUGCCCAAGUUUCACGGCGGUUCAGCUUGCCUCUGCUUCCCACGAGGCUGGCUCUUCCCCGCCGUCAAUGAGCAACGCUUCAUCCACAUCCCAUCCCGGGGACAGUUUUACACCAAGGAGCUGCCUGCCCCCCCCCCCCACCAGGGGACAGCUGGCCACUAAUUUCCUCCCUUUGCAGACAUUCGCCAUCCAGGCCUGAGUCACCCCAAAAGCUGGCUCCAGGCAAUGCUCCCCCAGUGAUUUCACACCAAAAUCUCCCCUCUGCCCCAGCGCUGCGGGGCGAGGAGC